GACAAUAUUUAGGACUAAAGAAAAAGAAUGUUUUACUGUUACUUUAACUUGUUAAACAUGAAGAACAGCGAGAAGCUUGACGUGUCAGUUAAAUCAUUACUGAUUAAACGUCUAAUCUGACAGUUUAAAAAGUUUACUAGAGAUCAAUGUUUAUGUGGUUUUAUUUUUCAGAAUGUAACAAGGAUUUUCAGUGUCAGGGUUUAGGAGAACAUGCUCACUUCCGAAACUUCGGGAUGGCUUUCUUGACGCUGUUCCGUGUUGCAACUGGAGACAAUUGGAACGGAAUAAUGAAGGACACUUUACGAGAAAACUGCGACUAUUCAAGUGACUGUGUCACAAACUGCUGUGUGUCACCCAUCAUUGCUCCCAUAUACUUUGUCGUCUUCGUCUUGAUGGCCCAGUUCGUGCUUGUGAACGUGGUGGUAGCAGUCCUCAUGAAACAUUUGGAGGAGUCCCACACGCAGGACGAGGAAGACCUAGAUAUGGAGGAACAAAUCAAACAAGAGGUAGCUGCAGAAGCCGGUGUAUCACAGCAGGGCAGUAGAACCACCGAAGUUCGAGAAGCUAAAAGAAGUGAAACCAAAGCGCUAAAACCCAGACCACUGGUCAAGAUGACCUCACUUCCGGCUAACUUUACCUUCACAUUCCAAGGUUCUGAUGGAGUAAGAAACAGGAAUGUUCCAGAGAUCCGGGUGGUAUCGCCUACCGAGGUGACUGAAGAACAAGCACGAGGCCUUCUAGAACCUGACGUCGAUCGCCUGAGGGUAUCUGGACGACCCAAUGUCUCCUACUGUGGCAGUAAUGCUUCUUCGACUAUGAGAGCAUCUAAUUCAGAGUCUUCCACCAUUGGACGACCCGAUGUCUCCUACUGUGGCAGUAAUGCUUCUACGACUAUGAGAGCAUCUAAUUCAGAAUCUUCCACCAUUGGACGACCCGAUGUCUCCUACUGUGGCAGUAAUGCUUCUACGACUAUGAGAGCAUCUAAUUCAGAAUCUUCCACUGUUGGACGACCCGAUGUCUCCUACUGUGGCAGUAAUGCUUCUACGACUAUGAGAGCAUCUAAUUCAGAGUCUUCCACCGUUGGACGACCCAAUGUCUCCUACUGUGGCAGUAAUGCUUCUACGACUAUGAGAGCAUCUAAUUCAGAGUCUUCCACAGUUGGACGACCCAAUGUCUCCUACUGUGGCAGUAAUGCUUCUACGACUAUGAGAGCAUCUAAUUCAGAGUCUUCCACAGUUGGACGACCCGAUGUCUCCUACUAUGGCAGUAAUGCGUUUUCGACUAUGAGAGCGUCUAAUUCAGAGUCUUCCACCAUGAUAGAGGAACAAGUGGCUUUAGAUCGGUCGGAAGACAGCUCAUAACUUCCCUGCUGGUUACUUCACAGAGGAUUUACUCACGAGCUCUUCCGCAACUCAAAGCACCUGCCGUGGAGAACCAAACAUUUCGCCAAGAUACUCACGAAGUAUAAGUUUCUUACUCCUGGUCGUCUCCAGACUCGGUAAACCUCAACACAAAGUAUUCCGAGGACGUAUCAAUUCUUCUAGAGUUGAUCACGUAUAACUUAGCUGAUUCAUCAAUGAAUCUAUACAUAAUAUCGUGAAGAUGUGGGACAUCACAAUGAAUUCUUUGUAAAAUUUUUCUGUCCCAUUUGCUGUAAUUGUAUAUAUGUAGGUAGCACAAUUCCUUAUAAACACUUUAACCGAAAAAGUGUACAUCUGUAAAUGUCAUGUAAGAUUAGUUUUCGUAAACUUUCAUAUCAUUCUAUGCAUAGUGUUAAAUUAAUGAAAAAUAUGGACGCACACAAAGUGGUGGUUCUUGUACUAGCUUCUCAGAGUGACCCCAUCUAGCACUGGUUCCUAUAGUGGCUUCUCCCAAUGAACCCUGUAUGGCACUGGUUCCUGUAGUGGCUUCUCCCAAUGACCCCUGUCUGGCACUGGUUCCUGUAGUGGCUUCUCCCAAUGACCCCAUCUGGCACUGGUUCUUGUAGUGGCUUCUCCCAAUGACCCCCGUCUGGCACUGGUUCUUGUAUUAGCUUCUCAGAGUGACCCCAUCUGGCACUGGUUCAUGUAGUGGCUUCUCAGAGUGACCCCAUCUGGCACUGGUUCUUGUAUUAGCUUCUCAGAGUGACCCCGUCUGGCACUGGUUCAUGUAGUCGUUUCUCCCAAUGACCCUGUCUAGCACUGGUUUCUUGAGCGGCUUCUCUGAGUGACCCUGCCUGGCAUUGGUUCCUGUAGUGGUUUUUUCUUGGUGCCCCCAUCUGACACUAGUUCCUUAAGUAACUUCUGUGAACAAGCAGAACUGGUAGGAAAUCCGGUUCCUCUACAGGGGUGAUACCAGAACAAACUUCUCUACAAGUGCACAUUUAGUGAAAAUUUUGCAUGCUGACUUUCUUAUAGGACGUUGCCCGAAUGUUUUUCUCUACUAGAUCACAUUGUGACUUGCUAGUCACUAUGCAAUCACUUGGGAUACCGGAAGGUUACUCACAGAUUAACACCCAAGUCUUUUGAUGAUUUUAACCAGUAAACUAUGCAGCAACACCUUGUAUCGUGAAGUUAAGGUAGAAUGUCCCUAACUAUCGUGAGGUAAAGGCAAGGUCUAAGUGACAGUAGAAUGUCCCUAAUUGUUCUACACUUUGUAGACUUUUAAUCGAGAAUUUCCAAUAAUUAGGACAAUCAAAACCACUUCUUAUUACAUAAGCGUAAUUUAUUUAAUUCGUUACUUAUAUAAAUAAAGAUAUAUUUACUCAUUUAAAUGUUGGAUAUUUAUCAUGUAUAGAAAGUUGCUAAUACCUUUAUGUGAUUUCAGGCCACUGUUGAUUUCAUCUGUGACCAUCAGUCACAGAAUACUUUGUCUGUUCUACAAUACAAGUCUGGUCAGUAGCUUCAGAACACAAAGAUCACAGUAAACAUUUGAGUCUUAAUGGUAAACUGUACUAAAAUGUUUUUCUAAGACACUCCCAUUAGACCAAAUUAAAACCUGGAACCAAGAGCCUGUGGACAUUCCUUUUGAAAUUUAAAAAUGAAUCAACUUACAACGACAAAUAAAAUGUUUCUCCAUAAAUAGAGCAUGGAUUACAAUGGAAAAAUAAUAAUAACUGUGCUCUUGAUUAGCUUCCCUCCCUCUAGUCCACCAGUUCAAGUUAAGGAUGGCCCUUGUGUAGCUUUUCGUGAAUAUCCCAAACCUCCUCAAUUUGAUAAAGUUAUGAAAAACUUUGUAUUGUUACAGUUUCAUCUUAUAAGUGGUUGGUCCCUAUAACAGUACUAGGAAUGUCUAGCCAUUUUUUAAACAAUAAAUGGUGUGUAAUAAAAGGUUCUGUAUGAUUAUCAUUAUAAAGCACAAAUCCAUAUGCAUUUGAUAUGGUUGCCUACGAUGGUGUUUCCUUCUGAUGACAAAUUAUGGUUUGGAGUUGUUCUCUCAUAUUCUAAUUUGAACUGUUCUCAAUCAUAUUUGAAUAACCUUCUGAACCUGUGGGAUGAACAUUCACUUGAGCUAUAGUACGGUCCCAUUUCAUUGGAGAUAGAGAAACAUCCAAUACUUGAACCUAUACAUGUACAGAGAUUCAGGAUACAAAACAUUCACUUGAGCUAUAGUACGGUCCUAUUUCAUUGGAGAUAGAGAAACAUCCAAUACUUGAACCUAUACAUGUACAGAGAUUCAGG